AUGCCUAGGGCUAGGGUCAAACUUGCAUGGAUAGGGAGUGAGAGUGCUAGGAGAGCGAGCUUCAACAAGAGGAAAGACGGUCUUGUGAAGAAAGUGAUCGAGCUUAGCACUUUGUGCGAUGUGCCUGCUUGUAUCAUUAUCUAUGGUCGGGGCAGUAACCAGCCGAUUGUAUGGCCUGACCGCCCAAGAGCAGAGGAAGUGAUCCGCAGAUACCUGCGCCUACCAGGUUAUGUGCGGUGCAAGAAGACGCUGAGUCAAGAGAGUUACCUCAAGGAGAAGGUCGCCAAAAUGGAAGAGAAGCACAACAAAACUCUCAGAUCCAACACUAUGAAAGACAUGGAUGAUCUCAUGCGCCAAGGUCAGAAUGGUAAGCCGUUAUAUGAACUUGACAUUAAUCAAACAAAUGGUUUGCUUAACUUUGUGGAGGAGAAGAUGAAAGAGAUCCAGAACCAGUUCGCUUUCUCUGAGCAAGCUGGUGGUCCUAGUUACACCAGUGUCCACAAUGAACCCGCCAAUAACUUGGGGGUGCCCCUGGGGACUGGUAUGGAGUGGCCAUAUGGAAUUUUUGGAGUAGGAGGUGAUGGAAGUAGUAGUGGAACUGAUAUGGGGUUUCCGAUGUUGCCUCAAUGUUAUGGGAAUAAUAUUGGAGGUAGCAGCAGUGUUAAUGUGGUGCCCAAUAUGAUACCAUACAAUGGUAACAUUGGAAAUUUUGGAGGUGAUGGUGAUGGUAGUGUAGGGUUACCUCAGGCGGAUUAUUUGGGCAAUGAUAUUACUGGGAAUGGAAGUCAGAUGGGGUACUUUGGGAUGCUGCCUCAAUAUUAUGGGGCUAAUGUGAUAACAUCAAAUGGUAGUAUUAUUGGAUGGGCAAUAGGAAACACCAACGGAGCCAACAGUGCCGGUGAAGGUGAUGCUGCAGGCCUUCCUUAA